CAUUUGUCUGAGACAAGCGAACCUUACUACAACAGACGACUUACUUACACCGCAACAUUUUAUUGUGGUUUUUAUAUCAGAACUUUCUUAAAAAGAAAACCAAACGCAUCGUGGUUUCGACAUAAGUAUUUCUCUAUAAAACCGAUAAACUUAGAUUUAAUCGUGACUACACUCUAUUAGUGCUUGUAAUACAAAUAAUUUGUCUAUUAAAUUGAAGUCUCAGUUGUGCAUCACCAAAAAAAAAAAAACUUGCAUCAUGUCGAAACCAAUCACAUUCAUUACAGGAAAUGUAAAAAAACUUGAAGAGGUUAUUGCGAUAUUGGGCAAAGAAUUUCCCCGUGAAUUGGUGUCAAAAAAGAUUGAUUUGCCGGAAUGGCAGGGCGAAAUGAAUGAAAUCAGCAUUAAAAAGUGUCAAGAGGCUGCCAAACACGUCCAAGGACCGGUUAUAGUUGAAGACACAAGCUUGUGCUUCAAUGCACUCGGUGGAUUGCCAGGUCCAUAUAUUAAAUGGUUUUUGGAAAAGGUCGGACCAGACGGCCUUUUUAAAAUGUUGGCCGGUUUCGAGGAUAAAUCCGCUACGGCUGUGUGCACCUUUGCUUACAGUUCCGGUGAAAAUGAUGAAGUUUUAUUAUUUCAAGGAAAGACUGAGGGUCAGAUUGUUGACCCACGUGGACCCCGUGAUUUUGGUUGGGAUCCUUGUUUCCAGCCAAAUGGAUUCCAGAAGACUUAUGCUGAAUUGCCAAAAGAAACGAAAAAUAGCAUCUCUCAUCGAUUUAAAGCAGUCGAUGCAAUGAAAAAUCAUUUCAUGAAUUCAAAUGGUUUCGCAUAAAUUGUAUGAAUCAAAUUCAUGACACACAAUUAAAUAAAACAUUCGAGUCACGACGUGA